UUAUGUUUGUUCGCAUAGAAAAUUUAUAUUUUAAUCGAGAAAGAUAAAAUCUUUUGCUCAAAGGGUUGUUAUGCAUCGAGUUAAAUACUAAAUAGAUAAAAGUUUGAAUCUUUAAGGUAAAAUAUAUCAUGGUAAUUAUUAAAUCGAAAAAAGUUUUGAGUUUUAAGGUAGAAUAUUAUCAAAAUAUACUUUUGUGAAUUAAAUCUGCUGAGAAAAAUGGAGCGAAAGUUGCAAAAGCUGCAGUGAUAAGUAAUGGUUCUUGGAUUUUAAUUUGUACUUGUUUUAGUUUGUUACGUGAGAAUAUGAAUAAUGAUCGGAGAUAAGGACGAAUCCUUUGAAUAAUAGCCGAACCAGAUAUGUAUUUGCAUUUAUUGGAAAUUAUUCCUUGCGUCUGUUAUGUUUGUACAGAUAAGCUUGAUGCAAAUGAGGAUAUAUAUGUAUAUAUAUAUGUGUGUGUGAAGUUCAUGUUUUGUGGAUAAAAUUUAAACUGCAACUUUUUUUUUUUUAUUUCGGAAAUAAUUCGAUUUCGCUGCUCUGAGAAGUUGAUUUGAAGAUCAUUUUUGUUAAUUGAAGAUUUUAGAAAUGGCUUAGGAUGUGAAAAACACCAUUGAUGCAGAAUCUGCUUGUAAGUUUAUAAACGAGAUUAUAUAGAAAUCCAAGUCAUUAAACUGGUGUAACAGCGCACAACCGCAAUAAUGUUCUCAAGAUCGUGCAUUAGUUUGUUGGAGUUGUCAUCCGGGGACGUGUUGAAUUUCCCUCAGACUCCUAGAAACCUCCCAAGGGUGAUGACUGUUGAAGGAGUUAUUCCUGAUGUAAAAAGUAGUGACGGUGUUGAUGAAGAUAUAAGUGUUCCUCCUUCGGAAAUAUGUGAGAAGAAGAUCAUUGUGGCGCAUUUUCUCCCUCUACAUGCUCAGAAGGAUGCAAAAUCUGGGAAAUGGAACUUCAGUUUGGAUGAGGAUCCAGUUUUGUUGCAACUCAAAGAUGGUUUUCCAUCUGGUACUGUGGUUAUAUAUGUCGGUUCUCUGAAGGUUGACAUAGAUGCAAGUGAGCAAGAAGAAGUUUCGCAGAAACUGCUGGAGGAGUUUAAUUGUGUGCCGACAUUCCUUCCUUCCGAGCUGCAUAAGAAUUAUUAUCAUGGGUUCUGUAAGCAAUAUUUGUGGCCUCUCUUUCACUACAUGCUGCCAAUGUGUCCGGACCAUAGUAAUCGCUUUGAGCGGCAUCUUUGGCAGGCAUAUGUUUCUGCAAACAAGAUGUAUGCCGAUAAAGUUAUGGAGGUGAUCAAUCCUGAAAAUGAUAUUGUAUGGGUUCACGACUAUCACCUUAUGCUUCUUCCAACAUUUUUGAGAAGGCGUUUUACACGAGUUAAGCUUGGCUUUUUCCUCCACUCCCCUUUCCCCUCGUCAGAAAUCUACAGGACCCUUCCUGUCCGAGAUGAAAUUCUGAGAGCACUGCUAAAUGUAGAUCUGAUUGGAUUCCACACGUUUGAUUAUGCUCGUCACUUCCUUUCUUGCUGUAGUAGAAUGCUUGGUCUUGAAUAUGAAUCUAAGCGGGGCUACAUAGGACUUGAAUAUUUUGGCCGCACAGUGUACAUUAAGAUUCUGCCGGUGGGGAUACACAUGGGCCAACUUGAAUCUGCGUUAAAUCAUCCCUCUUGUUCCAUGAAGGCCAAGGAGAUUCAAGAGCAGUUCAAGGGGAAGAAAAUCAUUGUUGGUGCCGAUGACAUGGACAUAUUUAAAGGCAUCAGUCUAAAGUUGAUGGCCAUGGAACAGCUUUUGAUGCAGCACCCGGAGAUGCGGGGGAAGGUAGUCCUGGUUCAAAUUUUAAAUCCUGCAAGAAGCACAGGGAAAGAUGUUCAGGAAGCAAAAAGGGAAACAUAUUCAGUGACCAGAAGGAUAAACCGAGUCUUUGGAUUCCCAGGCUACGAACCAGUUGUUUUGAUUGACCGUAGCGUUCCUUUUUAUGAGAAGGCUGCCUAUUAUUCUUUGGCAGAAUGUUGCAUCAUUAAUGCUGUGAGGGAUGGAAUGAACCUGGUCCCCUACAAGUACAUCAUUUGCAGGCAGGGUAAUCAAAACGUGGAUAAAGCUAUUGGAGUUGCCUCUGAUUCCCCUCGUACAAGUACACUCGUUGUCUCAGAGUUCAUAGGUUGCUCUCCAUCUUUGAGUGGAGCUAUCAGGGUGAACCCGUGGAACAUUGAAGCUGUUGCUGAUGCACUCAACGUGGCUCUCACAAUGCCUGAUUUGGAAAAGCAGUUGCGGCAUGAGAAACAUUUUCGGUAUGUUAGCUCCCACGAUGUGGCUUACUGGUCCCGCAGUUUUAUACAGGAUUUGGAGCGAGCAUGCAAAGAUCACUACAGAAAACGUUGCUGGGGAAUUGGUUUUGGUCUGAAUUUCAGAAUUUUGUCACUUUCUCCGAGUUUUAGGAAACUUUCAAUUGACCAUAUCCUCUCUGCAUAUAAGAGGACAAACAGGAGGGCAAUAUUUUUGGAUUAUGAUGGAACGAUAAUGCCUGAAUCUUCCAUUGUUAAGAACCCCAGUCCCGAAGUCAUUUCUGUUCUGAAGAACCUUUGCAGCGACCCCAAGAACAGUGUGUUUAUAGUGAGCGGAAGGGGUCAAAACUCACUUAGCGAAUGGUUUGCUCAAUGUGAGAAUCUCGGUAUAGCAGCUGAGCAUGGAUACUUCAUGAGAUGGAAUAGCACGUCCAGCUGGGAAACCAGUUCCUUAGCCAUAGAUCUUGACUGGAAGCAAAUUGCAGAACCUGUGAUGAAGUUAUAUACAGAGGCGACCGAUGGCUCCUACAUAGAGAGCAAGGAGAGCGCCUUGGUUUGGCACCAUCUAGAUGCUGAUCCUGAUUUUGGAUCAUGCCAGGCCAUGGAGUUGCUGGAUCAUCUUGAAAAUGUACUUGCGAAUGAGCCUGUAGUUGUUAAAAAGGGCCAGCAUAUUGUCGAAGUAAAGCCACAGGGAGUUACUAAAGGUUUAGUUGCACAGAAAGUUCUUUCCACGAUGAUCGGUAAUGGGAAUGCGCCAGAUUUUGUGCUGUGCAUCGGGGAUGAUAGAUCAGACGAGGACAUGUUUGAAAGCAUAUCGAGCACAAGCUACACAACGUAUAGUUCAUCUCAAGUUGCAGCUCCCGAGAUCUUUGCAUGCACUGUCGGACAAAAACCUAGUAAAGCCAGGUACUACCUCGAUGAUACAGCGGAUGUCGUCACAUUGCUUAAAGGCCUGGCAACCGAUUCAAGUCUCAAGCCAAGGGGCAGUGGGGAAAUUCAAGUCCCUUUCGAGAAUAUUAUCUUAGAUGAAUGAGCUGCCACUGUUCAACAACCUGCCUAGGGUAGUGAAGAACAUCGACGGAUGCUUUUCUUCUGAUGAUACAAGUACACACAAAGGAAUCGCGGAUUAACUCUUUAUGCUUUGAUACACUAACCUAUUCUUUGCAUGGUGGAAAGCCGGACAUGAUGCUGCUCUGGGUGUUUCUUUCAAAGAGAACGAUGAUCACAAAAGGAUUACUGCGGAUUUGGAGAUGUCAAUGGUUACUAAUGGAAUAUGCGGUGGCGAUGUCAACAAGGAGAAAUUCUUCAGUGUGCCGGGAAAAUGGUCCGGUAUACAAAGUUUAAGACAAUAAUUGGUUGGAAACUUGAAAACCGAAAAUUUCCAACUAAUGGUAUUAUGUCACUUUGUGUACUAGACCGUGUUUCCGGCAUACUGAAAAAUUUCUCGUCAACUAGAUGGGAUUUACCUUCUUAGUUCACAGGUUAAAACUUGUUUUCUAUUUCAUCAAUAGUAGUUUUUACAGAUAGAUUCAAAGGCCAUCAUUUGUUUGUAAAUUUGAAGUGGCUUUGUACUUGCAUGAUACUUGAUUCUUUUCUUUGUGAAAUCAUAGUUUUUACCGCAAGUUGUCUCUGGCAACACUCCUCACGUUCUGAACGGAGAUGGAAGUGUAGUAAAUUAUAAUUUACAGUCCCAAAUGACAAUUGUAGUU